AAGUCAGCUUCUAAAACCCUGCCCAUUGGGGAGUUACCACAUCUGAGUCAUCUGAUUUCACAGCUGUUGAAGAGGAACCUCCCAAACAGACUCCAGAACCAGUUCCAGAACAAACUGCAGAACCUGCUAAACCAAAGAAACUUGCUGGAGCAGUGUCAAUGUUUGGAGGGCUUGACCCUGCUGCCUUGUUGAAGAAAAAGCCAAGAAAACCUUCAACAGAUGAAGAGAAAGAUGGGGAGAGGGAGGAAAAAUCAGAGGAUGUUAAAAAGGAAGACAAAAAAGAACCCCCUGCUGUUGGCGAAAAGCCAGCCAGAGAGAAAGCAUUAUCAGUGUCUGAUCCUCUCUUUGGUGAUGGGGACAAUGAUGAUUUGUUUGGCAAACCCCAGCCAGUGAUUGUGACAAAGCCAGUCCCUAUUUUGGCUACUAAACCACAACGACCUAAAGUGGAUGUGCCGCGCCCACCAGGUUUUGGGGAACCACCAACUGAGCCAUCAUUAGGGGAGACUACACCGAAAACACCACAGUCACCAAAGCCACCUCUGUCUCCACCAUCUGACACAAAGCCUUUCAAAAAGCCAACAGGGGGCGUUGCCUUAUUUGGAGGACUGGGGCCUUUGGCAGAGCUGAAAAAGAGGACAGCCUCACAGAAUGAGGAUACAUCACCAUUAUCUGAGACACCCAGUGAUUUGCAGUCUCCUUUGUCACCUGUGUCCUCAGAAGAUCUGUUUGAGGAAAAACCUGGAUCAGCAGUGAAGUCUGGAAGUUUUUCUAAACCCCAACCACCUAAAGGCAAGAUAGGCAGCUUACAGAAAAAUCUUGGGUUAAACCCUGCAGCUCUGCUCCCAGGCGCAUUGCCGCCUAACAGAGACACGGAUCCUGGAGGUGUAGAUUUUGAUGACCCUGCAGAUGUUAGCACUCUCCAGAGUGCUUCAAAAGACCGAGCAAAGGUGAUUUCGCGUCGAAGACCACAAAGUCGCAAAGCUCGGAAAAAGGCAGCUCUGACCUCUGGCAUCAGUUUUGAGGAUGCCACAACCCCAACAUCACCAGAGUUACCUUCUUUUCCUGGUCAGGAGCUAGAUGUGCCAGAAGUGAAAGAUUUGUUCAGCAAUGAUGAUCUUUUCUCAGAAGGACCAUCAGCCUUUAAGCCUCCUGUUAAGCAGGCAGUCCGGCAGGAAGAUUCAAUUAGCAAAGAACAACUGGAUGGUGGUGCAACUAAAGCAGAGUCAAAGCCAGCAACAAGACCUGCUGUGCUUGAUGAUGAUGAUAAUUUGUUCAGUGUUUCCAAGUCAAAACCCAAAAAUCAGCUUGAUUUAUUUGGUGAUUCCAAACCUAAAUCUGCUGCUGUUGAUUUGUUUGGAAGUAUUGAAUCAAAGCCAUCCAUGGAUUCCCAGAGAAAUGUUACCAGUGCUUCCUCAAAAGAUGCUGAUGAAGAUGGCUUGUUCUCAUCAAGUUCAUCAUCAUCAACAACAACAACAAAAAUUCCUAAGAUAACAGUUGAAGAUGAUGACAUUUUUGCAGAUUCCAGUCUAAAUGCAAAGAAAGCAAAGAAAGAAAAAAUUGCAGAAAGCAUUGACAGUACGGAAACAAUAGCCCAGACAAAACACACCAAGGAGGAUGACAUCUUUGCCAGCUCUACGACACCAGCAGCAAGUGAGCGCAGGCGGCCCAAAAAAGCUGUAACAAAAGACGAGACCCUUUUCAAAGAUGAUACUGACAUUUUUGCUGACCUGCCAGCAGCCAAACCAAAAGAAAACAAAAAGAAAAAGAAGACAACAGAGAAGAAAGUAGUUGAGCAGAAAGACAUUGAUGACAUCUUUGCUGAUUCAUCCCCUGCUGCACCCAAGUCAAAAAAGAAGGCAUCAUCUACCAAAGGAGCCGCAGUAACAAACACUGAUAACAUUUUUGAUGACCCCCUUAAUCUGGCUGGAAAGUAAUUAGAAGUGAAGGAUGCAACUCAAUUUAGGUUGUCAAGGAUCAAGACAGUGUAUCUGUAUCUGUGAUAAAGUAAUUGUUAGAAAACGCUGUUUGGUGUUGAGGAUGGUCUGAUAUUGUGUUAGUGCUAUGCUAUAGUCUUGAGGUCGCAAAAAUAGACAUCAAAAAUUUGUUCGGGACAAAUGAUCUACAUCAGUGGUUCUCAAAGUAUUUCGGACUGCGACCACCAAGGCCUAAAAUCACUCUGUACCUUGAAUUUCAAUUUUAAAUUGCUGCAUUUGGUUCAUUACAAUUCAAAACUAAAUGUACUUUUGUGACAGUAGUAUAGUAAAAGUUUACAUAAAAUUACAAACUUCGCAAAGUACACAUAAAAAUUAAAAAUAAGGUAGUGCACUGCGUUACUAAGGGUAACGGAUGACUCGGUUGCAAGACACAAUGCUUGUGCUGUGACAUAAAGACUUAGUUGGUAAGCGAGCAUUUUAUGCAAAUGAGCAUCGAAUGAAAGCUCGUGUAAAAUCAAUACUGGACUGAUUAGUGUAUCUGAUGAUUUAAACAUCAUUUUGCUGACAUAUGAGGACUGUCAGCUACAGACCGCCUGACAAGCAUGCGGCCCACAUGUGGUCCACAGACCACACUUUGAGAACCACUGUAUAAUAAUCACUUUAAACUUUUUUGCUUUGAGGCAAAAAUAUUAUGAAUCAUUUCCCUCCCAGUACCACUGAAAUAGCAGUGGCUUCAUGGGAAUGGGAUAGCACAGUCUCUGCCAUAUGCUUAAAACAGAAAAUGGGAGUUUAUCUUGAGAUGGGGAUACAGAUUUUAAUCAUGACAUGGUAAUAAAGGUUUUAAUCUGACCUAGAAUCAGACAUUACUGAUUUAAGUCUGAUAGUAGCUGAUGCUUGAACCACCUUAUUUUUCUUGAUAGUUUAUUAACGUUUUGACCCUAUCUUGAUAAAGUAAUAGUUUAAUACAUUAUUUAUCUCCCACAUUCUUAAAAACUGGUUACAUCUGUGCAUGGCCUACAGAAACAGCUGAGAAAUAGUGAGAAUAGCCAGUGCUUAAGACCUUUUUUUAAGCUGCACCUAAUCAGAACUAAAUACACACAUGCACUUUAUUUAUUAUGUCAAUUCAUCCUCAGGUACCCAAAUCUGUUCCAGUGCUGCUACAGCUGAAAUAAAGUCUUUUACUUUAUGCAAGUAGAUUUCUUUAUUCUUAUUGCAUUCUCUUAAAUCAGUCUUUUGAGUAUUGAGUGCUUACUCUCUCCAGACUAACAGUAGGAGUGGUGAGAACUGUAGACGUGUUGAGUGACUGAAGUUCACUGAAUUAAGUGAACAAUUAGGUAACUGCAAUAUUGUGUGCAUUGGUAGGAUAAAUGGCAAUGUUGUUGGUGUGUAAAUGCUUGUUUUGUCCUUUACUAAAGGGGAUUUUUGUUGGGACUGAUUUUGUGUAUAUACUUCCAUGUGAUUGCAUCCGAUGGCUGCAUGAUAUAAGAAUUAUCUGCCAGAGAAAGGUGGCUUAAAUUGCAUAUGCUAUAUAGUCUCACUGUAUAGAUUAUAUAGUCUCACAGUGAGAACACAGACUGCUGGUUCAUUUGAAGAAAGUGUUAAAAUGCUGUGUAUUAAUACUAAGCAGUAUUAAAAAUUGCUGUGCUGUGCUAUAGAAUCAAAUAGAGUUAAAAAAAGACAUUUUCAUUUUGAAUUUGGAUUUUUUCCAUUGAAAACAAAGCUUCCAGUGAAAAUUUUUCAAGAAAAUAUGUUAUGCUGUUUUUGUGUGGACGUGCUAGAGUGUGAUAUUUGAACUCAGCAUGUUUGUUAUGUAAAUAGUACGCUGCUGUUCAUGUUCCCAUUCCAGAGUGCGAUCAGAAAGGGAAAAUGUCACAUUAAAUGUUAGUUUGUGACUGUGUAAUCUUUUUUGCUCACAGUGUUGUGUUUGAUGUGUGAAGGGAGUAAGCCAUUGUGGCUACAGUGAGCAUUGUAUGUCACUUCUGCUCACUCAGUUUAUAGCACAUUAUCAACCCUUAAAUAUAAGCAGAAUAUUUAUUAAAACCAAGUUUGCCCUUGUCUAAAUUGUCCUGAAAAUGUUGUUUGUGCUGCAAGUACUAAGUGGGUCAGUUUUCCUAUAUUUGUGGCAUUUUUAUAAUGUUGUCACAUAACACUGAUAAUAUCCUACAUAUUUUUAGAAUAAAACAUAUAGGGAUUUAUAUGUAAUGCCUUCUAACAUUUUGUUACACUGUGUAAAUGGCAGAGAAAACAAUUGUGCCUUAAUUUGCCUGACCCCUGUUUUCAGUUUCAUACAGAAAUAAGACAAUAAGAAAGAAAAUAAUGGCAUAAUAUUUUUCUUGUAUUUCGUUUCUUUACACAACAUAUUUUGUAGCAAAUCAGCUUGUCAUAUACAGAAAUCGUUUUU